AACUCCAGUGCAUUGUGGGAAGAAUGAUUGACACGGCGGCCAUUUUCCUGCUGGACGCUUUGCUUCCAUUGUGUGAACGAGACUGUAAAUACUGACACGGCCAGACAAGCUAAACAUUUAUUUCACUCUAAUACGACACUUUUUCGCAGGUGAUCUUCAGGUGCCAUGGCCCGUACCAAGCAGACCGCUCGUAAGUCAACUGGAGGCAAGGCCCCACGUAAGCAGCUGGCCACCAAGGCUGCCCGCAAGAGUGCGCCCUCUACUGGUGGAGUCAAGAAGCCCCAUCGCUACAGGCCCGGUACCGUGGCCCUGCGUGAGAUCCGUCGGUACCAGAAGUCCACUGAGCUGCUGAUCCGUAAGCUGCCCUUCCAGCGGCUGGUGAGGGAGAUCGCCCAGGACUUCAAGACCGAUCUGCGUUUCCAGAGCGCUGCCAUCGGGGCCCUGCAGGAGGCCAGUGAGGCGUACCUGGUGGGGUUGUUCGAGGACACCAACCUGUGUGCCAUCCAUGCCAAGCGUGUCACCAUCAUGCCCAAAGACAUCCAGCUGGCACGUCGCAUUCGUGGGGAGCGUGCUUAAAUGCCACCCUCUUCUCCUUCUCCCUGUCCUCACUGAGCUAGUCUGUCUUCCCCUCCCUUUAUUAAGCUCCCUCUCCCCAGUCCCACUCUUUCGUUGGUAGUGUGUAGAGCAACAAUAAUUAUGGCGAGAAUAAAGUGUAUAGUUGUGUCUUUCUUAGUGCUGUUGGCGGCAGACCUUUAGGGUACCUUUUUGUGCAUGUACCUGCUUGGUGCUGAUCAGAUUCACAGACACACAGAAACAUGAAACUGACCAAUCCUGUGCUUGCUUGUCCAUCUGUCUGUCUGUGUGUGCAGAGGGAGUUGGUGAGGUCAGCUCUUUCAGUUACAAAGUAGGGAGUCAUUCAGAGAGAAUGGGGCAGUUUGACAGACAGGAGGGUUGAAGUACAGACAGGUGGACGGAACAGGAUGGAGGCGGUCAGGGUUUAUCUGCUGAGGCGUGGCAACUGCCUCAGCAGGGUGCUAGAAGAACUGCCCUGGCCGGUCCUUCUUGCCCCAGAAUACCUGAGAGAGAUCUGUCAGGGGUAUUAGUGUGUUGGAGGAUGGUCUUUAUUUCUGUGUGUGGGUGUAUGUGCUGAUCAGCACAGCAAAUUGUAUUCAGCUACAAGUAUCUUGGUUGAGCAAUGAUUACUCUUAUCAUUAUUAUGUGGUGUCUUUUUUUUUUAACUGCAGAAACAUGUUUUGUUCUUUUAUAGCCAGAAAAAAGAUUUUAGUAAAAAAGGAAACAAAAAAUCACAACAAUAUGAAAAAAAAUGUUACUGGCAGCAGAAAUUUGUGUGGAAAAUUUUAAUGACAACUGAAGUGAAUUCUCAUUUUCAAAUGAACGCUGAUUAACACUGGCAACCAGAGAGGGGCGUACAAUAAGCCUUUCCUUACGUUAUGGCCUGUAACCUAUCAAUGCUUUUCACACACUUUAUACUUCCUCACUCUCUGAUUUUAAAUUGGCUUGAAGGGCAUAACAGAAAUGUUGCCAAAGCAUUUUAAAGUUUUAAAAAUACAAGUGUGUAGCUGAAUUAUACACCUUCUGAUUCUAAAUCUCCUGGGUGCUUAUUAUUGGGGAUUUAUGGACAGCCAGUGUUACGGAUAUUGUUGAAACGACUCAUGUUUCAAGAAGCAUAAAAAUUCAGAGUCACCCAGCAGCUGUAUUAAAAGCUACAAAAUCUCAGUGAGGCUGAGCGUUAGAAGCUGCUGUGGGCAUUGUGGGUAAUUGGAACCGUCUGUAAUGCUUCACAUCGCUUCGUGAGAAGGGUCGCUGUCCUUCUUUUCCUUCUAUUUCUCUUGUUUUUACACCUACCUCCAUCUCACUUUUUCCCCAGUAAUGCUUUGUUUUUUCCACCCCCAGUUUCUCAGGUUGGUGUGAUGUCCAUUAUAACUAUCAUUAUUUCUUGUUUGAUUAAAAAACAAAAAAAAAAUGUUCAGGUGUUUAAAUGAUCUGAUCUUUGUAAUUUCCAAAUUUCUCAUAUUAAGGUGGUAAUAAAUCUAUGUUACACACUU